AUGGAUCGCCGGAGAAUGUACGAUAGGCAGCAAAGCUCAAUGGGGACACCGUCAUCGCCGUCUUCGCCGGUGAUGAUGUCGCCGAUACAUCGUCAUGUUCGUACAGGCUCAACUGGCGGUGUUGCCAUGUCGAAAAGAGCACAAAAUACCUCCACAAAAGCUGCCGCUCAGAGACUCGCACAUGUUAUGUCGCAUCAACCAAUCGGCGAAGAGGAAGAAGAAGACGACGAUAUUGCUCUUGAUUACACUUCAAUCAGUGGCACCGGAGGCAUUGGACUCGCCGGUAGAAGACCGGCUCGACCUCGUUCUCCCAUGACAGUUAAGAGUACUCCAGAUCAACCUCCACCACGGUCAAGAUCGCCAAUGACAGUUCGUUCUACUCCGGAACAACCUCCAUCCGCAAGAUCAAGGUCUCCAAUGUCAUUUCGCUCGUCUCAAGAUCAACCUCCAUCUGCAAGAUCACGUUCUCCAGCACCACCGCCAGUUCGCUCCAUUCAAGACCAACCCCAAUCUCUACGAACCUCAAGCGUCCGAUCGUCAUUCUCCGGCGCCGACCAAACUCCGCCACGAAUCUCCACACACAAUGCCAACCAGGGGGACCAACAACCGCCGUCCGCUCGUUCAACGGGCAAUCGAGCUCUCGAUAUGUCUCCUUCUGCACGGAGUUUAGCUUUUUCUAGGCCAUCGCAAUCGAGUAAUGCGAGCAAUGAUCAACCGCCUUCUGCUCGAGCUAACUCCGGGCGGCCUAGUGGACUUUCUAAGGUGGUUCCGUUGGUUCCGGCGAGUGUGCCGAUCACUCUCAGGCCGGCGGCAUCAAUUAAUAUUCAUCCGUCGGAGUCUCUUCCAGAUAUUACUAAAAGAGAUAGAAGAUUGUCACUUGAUUUGGGCAGUAUGAAAGUAAGAGAAAAUGUCAAUCAGCUUCCGCGGCAAACUACUGAGCUUGAGGAUGAGCUUGAUAUGCUACAAGAAGAAAGGGACAAUUUACAUGAAAAGCUUCGACUUGCAGAGGAGAGAUGCGAGGAAGCUGAAUCGAGAGUUAGGCAACUAGAGCAACAGGUUGCUAAUCUUGGAGAAGGGGUAACUUUGGAGGCUCGCCUAUUAAGCAGGCAAGAAGCAGCACUGCAACAAAGAGAGGCUGCUCUGAAAAAUGCUUCAAAACAUGGAGGUUUUCAUGGCAAUACAACACUAGAUGCUGAGACUGCUAUGGAGGAAGCAACAUCUGCAUUGGAGAAGCUUCGACUUAUGACUCAACGAAUGAUACUCACUCCGGAAGAAAUGGAAGAGGUUGUUUUGAAGAGGUGUUGGCUAGCUCGGUAUUGGAAUUUAUGCCUUCAACAUGGUAUUCAUGCCGAGAUCGCUGAAACAAAAUGCAAGUAUUGGUCUACUUUUGCUGGUAAUCCCGUUGAUGUCGUAUUGGCUGCAGGAGAGAAAGCUAAAGUGGAAACAGACCUCGAUUUAGAGGAUCCAGAAGACCAACGUGACCUGAAUGAACUUUCUGGAGAGGGAAAUAUCGAGAACAUGCUUUUUGUUGAGCAAGGUUUGCGGGAAUUGGCUUCUCUAAAGGUAGAAGAAGCAUUGGCAGUUGCAUUGGCUCAACAUAGGCGACCGAGUUUACUGAGAGCUGGUUUUUCAGAUGACUUAAAGCUACCGAUUGAAGGGCAGUGUGAUGCGUUUCAAUUGAGCAAGGAGGAGGCUGAAGAUGUAUGUUUUAAGCAGGCAUGGCUUACUUAUAUUUGGAGAAGAGCAAAACGACACGAGAUAGAACCUGAAAUAGCAGAUGAGCGUUUGCAGUAUUGGAUUAGUCAUAACUCUAAGACCCCUUCCUCACAAGAUGCAGUUGAUGUUGAACGCGGACUUGCAGAGAUAAGGAAGUUGGGAAUUGAAGCACAGUUGUGGGAUGAAUCUCGCAGAGAAUUGGAACAGGAUAUUGACAAUGCCAAAGUGCCCAGUCGAUCUGAUUUUUGA